AUGGCGUCUAUGAUAACAAGUACUGCCUGGGUGCCGCGUGGUUUUGCGGCACCUUUCCCGACCAAGUACACCUUCGACGAGGAAGAGUUUGAGCGCAUCGCGAAGUUGGCGCAGCUUCAGCUCGACGACGCCAAGGAGGAUCUGGUCGAGGCGCAGGAGAAGGAGGCGGAGCCGGAGAAGGAGAAAACACCAAAAAAGAAGAGCAAAGAGAAGUCGUCUGCAGAAGACGACGAUGAUGCUUCAGACAUUGACAUCGACGACGACCUCAAGGAAUACAACCUCGAGAACUAUGACGACGAGGAGGAGCCCCAGGGGGAAGCCCAGUCUAUGGGUAUGUUUGGGAAUGUCAAGUCGCUCGCUUACUACGACUCGAACAAGGACGACCCGUACAUCACCCUAAAAGACGACGCCGAAGACGAGGAUGAGGACCGAGAGGACUUGCAAAUUCUGGCCACCGACAAUCUCCUACUAGCUGCGAAGGUCGAGGACGAGCUCGCGCAUCUCGAAGUCUACGUGUAUGAGGACGCGGCCGACAAUCUCUACGUUCACCAUGAUAUUAUGCUCCCUGCGAUACCAUUGUGCGUCGAGUGGCUCGACAUCCCCGUCAGCAAGCCAGGCGUCGACAAGGACUCAUCCGGAAAUUUCGUUGCUAUCGGCACCUUCGACCCAGACAUCGAAAUCUGGGACCUGGACACAAUCGACUGCAUGUACCCCAACGCAAUCCUGGGGCAGGGGGGCAACGCGGAGGAGGACAAGAAAAAGAAGAAAAAGAAAAAGAAGUCCAAAAAGGCCAACGACGAGUACCACGUCGACGCGGUGCUAGCCCUCGCAGCCAACAGGAAACACCGGAACCUACUCGCAUCGGCGUCGGCCGACAAGACGAUCAAGCUGUGGGACCUGCACACGGCCAAGUGCGCCAAGUCGUACAGCUACCACACGGAUAAAGUAUGCGCGCUGGCGUGGCACACAGUCGAGUCGACGGUGCUGCUGAGCGGCAGCUACGACCGCACGGCGGCCAUCGCCGACAUGCGCGCGCCCGGCGAGCAGCCCACGCGUGUGGGCGUCGAGAGCGACGUCGAGGGCGUCCGCUGGGACCCGCACGACCCCAACUUCUUCUACGUCUCGACCGAGCGCGGCAUCGUCCACUACUUUGACGCCCGCAACGCCUCCAAGGACCCCGCCGCCAGCAAGACCGUCUGGAAGCUGCAGGCCCACGACGAGUCCAUCUCGUCGUUCGACCUGAACCCCGUGAUCCCCGGGUUCAUGGCUACGGGGUCCACGGACCGGACGGUCAAGCUGUGGAACAUCAGCGCCGAGGGCCCGUCGCUGGUCGUGUCACGCGAUUUUGACGUUGGCAAAGUAUUUUCUACGAACUUUGGCCCCGACAAGGAGGUCGCCUUCAGGCUGGCUGUGGCCGGGAGCAAAGGCACCGUGUCCAUCUGGGAUACUAGCACGAACGGGGGUGUUCGGAAGGCGUUUGGGCAGAGGGUCCCCAGCAAGGCGGAUGCCGAUGGCGAGGUUGAGGAUCGCCUCGUUGGGGUGGAGGAUGAUGAGAGCAGCAGUAGUGAAGAUGAAGAGGAUGAGGAUGAGGACGAAGAUGACGACGGUGCUGCGCUGAGUCACGAUGGGGAUUCCAUGGACGAGGACGAGGAUUAG